AUCAGCAUUCGUGCCUUUAACCGACCUAAGUUCUUUCCUGUCUUCAGAUUUAUUCAGAUUAACGGGACCUGGCGUCACAAUGCAGCUUUGUUGCUCAAACAGCUUAACACAUCAAGUGACCGGAGGUGUGAAAGCCUCUCGCUCUCUUUUCCCUGCCCUGUUUUCGUUCCUCCUACAGUUUCCCCGGACGCGGCAGCCGCACGUCUCUGCAGCCAGUGGCGGCCGAGGCCAGACUUUCCACGCUCGGUGAUAUGUGACAAUAAGGGGCUUCUGAGACGCAGGUCAAGGGCUGAUAGGCUCAUCUGUCCCACUGGUUCCCUUCAUGUCAGGCCGCCGCCACGCGGGAAGCGAUGACGGUCACGUACUCCCGCACGGUCGCGGACGCGGGUCUGGGGACCUUCUUCAACCUGCUCCUGCGAUGGAAGGGCAGCAUCUACAAGCUCCUCUACAGGGAGCUCAUCAUCUUCACCGCGCUCUACUACUUCUUCAGCAUCGUUUACAGGUUUGUGUUGAACGAGGAGCAGAGGAGGCUGUUUGAGAAGCUGUCGAUAUACUGCGACCGGUACGCGGAGCUCAUCCCCGUGUCGUUCGUGCUGGGGUUCUAUGUCACCCUGGUUGUGUCCCGCUGGUGGGGUCAGUUCGAGAACGUGCCCUGGCCGGACCGCCUGGCGGCGUUAGUGGGGGGUCACGUGCGCGGGGCCGACGAGGCCUCCAGGUUGACCCGACGCACGCUGAUGCGAUACGCCAACCUGUCGGGUGUCCUCAUUUACCGCUCGGUCAGCACCGCCGUCUACAAGAGGUUUCCCACCAUGGAGCACGUGGUGCAGGCAGGGCUGAUGACGUCAGAGGAGCGGAGGCACCUGGAGAACCUGCCCUCCCCUCAUAACAAGUUCUGGGUUCCGUGCAUGUGGUUCGUGAGUCUGGCUCUGAGAGCUCGGACGGAGGGUCGCAUCAACAACGACGUGGCGCUGUCGGCCAUUUUCACCGAGUUAAAUAGUUUGCGGGCAAAGUGUAUGAAGCUGUACGGUUACGACUGGAUCAGCCUGCCGCUGGUCUACACUCAGGUGGCCACCGUGGCCGUCUACAGCUUCUUCCUGGCCUGUCUGAUUGGCCGUCAGUUCCUGGACCCUGCUCAGAGGUACCCCGGUCACGACGUGGACUUCUACCUGCCCGUGUUCACCUUGUUGCAGUUCUUCUUCUAUGUCGGCUGGCUGAAGGUGGCAGAGCAACUCAUCAAUCCUUUUGGUGAAGACGACGACGACUUUGAAACCAACUGGCUGGUCGAUCGCAAUUUACAGGUGUCUUUGUUGUCCGUGGAUGAGAUGUAUGACAGCCUCCCGCUAGUUGAGAAGGACAUGUACUGGAAUGAGUCUGAGCCUCAGCCUCCCUACACCACUGCCAGUGCUGAACACCGCAAACCCUCCUUCAUGGGCUCGGCACUAGAUAUAAGUGUGCCGAAGGAGGAGAUGGAGUUUCAGUCCAACCUGGAGCAAAUUAAAGAGCACGAGGAGGCCAACUACUCCACUCCGUUGCUCGGAGGCCUGGGUCGUCUUCUUGGUGUGCACUCCCCCAACUUCCCCCGCUCCUCCCGCGUCUCCCUGCUGCGUCGCCGCCCCGGAGCUCCACUGAGCCGUUUCCCUCUGUACCUGCACUCCGAAGCCCCAUCGACCUCGAAUCAAGCCCGUCACCCUUUGAACCAGGAGCGAGAUCCAGACUACGCGUUCUCCCACGUGCCCCUGUAUGAGAGACCGGGCUUCUACAGCUGCCCUCAAACGCCCAUCCACUGCGUGCCCCCUGCGGUGCCCCGUCCCCGACCUGCCCGCAGAGCCCAAAGCGAGUGGGAUCGCAGCUGCACAUCCCUCGCCCCUCCGACGGUGGGGUCACAGGUGCUGCCUCCGGACACGCCCAGCCAUAUCCCACCCCCGCCGUCCUCCGCUUUCCCCUGGCUGGGCGAGGACGGCGAGGCCCAGAGCACGCCUGCCUUUUCCUUCCCAGACCCGCUUACCGAACUUAGCUCAAUAUCGAAGCCCAGACCUGGACAUGGCUUGCUGUCCCGCCGCCCGCUACCCCCCCGCCUUACGCUGGACAACCUCCCCUCAGCCGACAGCCAGCCAGGACCCCAAAGUGCUCGAGGGGCAGGAAGUGGAGGAGAAAGGGUGUUCUCGUUCACUCCUCCCUCUCGCACAGCUGCUGCAAAUCCCAAUAAUCCCAACAGCAGCUCUAGCAGCAUUAAUGCAACAAGCACCAACAGCGCUGGCACCACAGGAAGUCUGUGCAACAGUACAAAUCACAGUAAUUUUAGCAACCAUGGGAGCUUUGGCACCAACAUUAGAGCAAGCAACGGGGGCACCAACGGGGGCUUGAGCAAUAACAUGAACACAGUUUCCACUUCAGCGCCAUCGCAGCAAGAAAGCAACCAGCAAAACUCUCCCAAUGACUCAGGAAUCUCACUGGCUGAAGGAGACCUGCUGGGAGUUUUGGUGGAGGGUGGAGUGACCAAGGCAGCGGGAGGAAGGGAGCAGGACUGAGAAAAGAGCAUGUGCCGCCAUUGUUUACCACGUCAUGGUAUCGGUUGGAUUUGAAAGGUUUUACACAUGGGCCUCACUCACAACUGCAAAGUAUUUGUUGCAAAUAUAAAUUAAUCUCUAAUUCCCAAUAAGCAGAACAAUUACCCUACUUCCAAAAAGUCCCUUAUGAGUUUUAUUCCUAAACAUGUGAAUCAAAAGCAAAACGCUCCCAUCUUAUCUGUAGCAAGAAGCCAAAAGGUUUAACUCUAGUUGUUCCAUCGCAGUAACAAAUAUCCCUGAUCACAUUGUGCUGCUUCUGUUAUGUCAACAUUUUUAAUGAAAAA